CUUGUGGGGAUUUGAAUAUUUGGAAAACUAUUUCGCGUAUUUUUCUUUCCAAUGAGACGAAAAUAAUGUUUUGUUGAGCACAAAUGGAAUUUAACCGUAGAAAUGCUAUAAUGUUUGUAGUGGGCGUUCUAGGAGGCGCUGGGGCAGUAUAUACGCUGGUAUACUUGCGGAAAAUGUUGCGCAAAUCUUCAAAGAGAGCAACCAUUGAGCAGUUGACAGACGGAAUUAGCUUGGAAACGCUAAAAAAACUAUCAGAAGUGCCUAAUGUGAGUAUUAGACAGUGUGCCCGUGGUGUUUUAACAGCCCGUGCUCUGAAACCCGAAUGUCUAAGGUUUUUAAUUCAACUUUGUUAUGCUGAGGAUGAGGAGAGCGUUUUAAAAGCUUGUACUGUAUUGGAAUUUCUUACCAAGAACGCAAAAUGUAGAGCAAGGGUUAUUUAUUUGGGGGCUCUAGAAGCAUUAUCUCAUGCAAUAUACCGUUCAUGGACGAAGAGAAAUAAAGGAGAGAUUUUUAACGAUGAUGAGAAAAUUCAGCAUCUUGCUUGUGUCGCCAUUUUUGAUUUGAUAAAUGAUGCAGAUGAUGAUACUCCAAAAAUCCAUCUUCUGGACAAAAACCCAUCAUUCGUACCAACCAUAUUGGCUAUAAUGAAAGCCACACAUAACCGAGAUAUCGAGAAAUGGGGUUUGUACUUAAUUCAUCAGAUUGCAGUGUGUGAGGCAACUCGUGAUGAGCUGUGUCAGCAUUGGGUUGUUAUUGAAGUUGUUUCUAAGCUGGUUGUUAAAAGCCAAGGUGAGCCAUUGAGGCUCAGACUGGCAUUACAGGUGCUUGUUACAUUGGCAAACAUCUUGAUGGCAAAUGAUGAAGCAAAUGUUUUGCAAGAAAUUAGAAGCUAUGGAGUCAUCAUGCCUACAAUUGGUUGUCUCAAGUCAGGUGGGUUAUUGUCUCAAGUCAGGUAUUAAAUCCUGCAUAUAUUGAACCUAUCAAUAGCCAAAUUUAUAUUCAAAUUCCCUACACAUAGCUGUCGGUGAUUUGAGUUGAUCAGUUACAAACUGUGAGUAGACGUACAGUGAGAGCUGUGAUCAAUUUUUAACCAAAUGGCUCAAGCCCUAACAAAAUGUUAUAUUAUGUAUUUUAGUCUAGUAGAAGAAAUUUGAUCAAGAACAUUCCAUCAUUUCAAAGAUUUGAUAAUUUAUUUUAUUAUAUAGUUGUAUUUUUUUGUGAGUGGAAGCAAAAUAUUUGUUCUAACUUUAGGCCUAACUUUCAGUAUUCAAAAUUUGUUUGAGAAAAUUAGGUGGGAAAUACUUUUCGGGGAGAGGAUACUGUCUAAGACAGUAAACUUGAGACGGAAAACCUGUUGUUUACCAAAUUUGUAUUCGGACGAGUUUCUCAUCUCUGUCUUCUGACAUAAAUUAAGUGGAGGGAGAUUACAUGUCUGUGGACACAUGCAAAUGGUCCAACAUAUACAUAACUGCUGUACUGGUCAUCAUCAUUCUGAAGCCCCAGUCAAACAAGGAUGAUAUUUGACGAGAGUUGCAACAGAGUUACUGUACAUCAUUCACAUUUGACUGCCAUCGACUCUCACGUCACUUUGAACUGGUUCAAAUUUCACUAUGAACAUGGUAAUAUCCAGUCAACUAUCAUGAAACUCUUGUUCUUGUUUGACCAGGGCAUGUGAGUUGAUCAGAAACUGCCAUUGCAAACUCUCGCUUUUCAACUCUCAUUCAUUUUUGACCGAAGUUAAGGCAGAGAAGUGCCAAUGCAUGACUUUUGUUAUAUAAAUUUGGAUUGAGUAGGGUAGCAAAGCAUUUGCUGCCACCAGGUGACUUAAUAUGUUUGAUCACAGAACCUAGCUAAGAACCCAGAUUUGCACCAGACCAUGUUUCAUAUUAUUUUAUUUGUACUUAUACUGAAGAAAUUUAAGUCAUGCAGAAAAACAAUUCCAGACUUUAUGUCAUGUAUAAGUUAUGACCGUUGUAUGACCGACUUGAUCCAUGCUUUCUGCCUGUCUAAACCUGACUUUAUUCAAACAAAAGAAAACUUGCACAGUUGCACUACAUGUGCUUCAGAUACAGUAUGUCUUUCAAUAAUUGUGCUAAAAAUUGCGAAUGAUGUAUUUUUGGCUUGCUGUGUAUUAAAACAGCCAAUUGCACUUGCCACUUGUAAACAAGCAAAUUGCAAUUUCAUUGAUUGAAUCGGUCAUGACAAGUAAAUAACCAAUGAGAGAAAAGAAAAUUUUAUAUAUUAUAUUUCACCAUUUGAAAAUUGCGCAUGAGAAACAUUUGAAAUGCUUUGACCAAGCAGAAAAUCAAUUCUGCAUAAAUCUAAAAAAAACGAAUUUCAUGUCUAUGUUUGAUAGGCUAGGAAAACAUUAGGAGCUGCCUCAAGACAUAGUAGAUAACGAUGACCGAUUGUGCAACACUCGGAAAUUAUCGAUUAUUCAUGCCACAAUGUGCCAGAUACCGAUGCCGAUACCGAUUUUAUAAUGACGUCAUAAUAUCAGUCGACCGAGUAAAGGUGACAUCAUUCAUGUCGAUUUUUUAACGAUCAUUUCCAACGUAACAUGUUACUGCAACUAAAGAUCGUUAAAACCGUUAAUAAAUGACACGCUUCACGCAUUAAUUGAACAUAUCGCGUUAAAACGCAACGUGUAUCAACGUGCAAUGCAUAUUCUUUUUAAACUGCGCAUUUUCCCAACAAUCGGAAAUAUAGACAAUAGACCAGUGUAAUAGACGGAUUUAGAUUGAGGACGCGGACGUCAAAUACGAGGGACGUGAAAAUGACGUGUUGUGCCCAUGUAUGGAUAUGCCACGCCAUUUUGACGCCAUUUUCACGUCAUCUUUGACGUCCGUCACCUCGAUCUAAAUCUGUAAAUGAUCUGUCUAAUUCUACCGAUAAAGCAAAAAUCGGGCCGAUGCGGAUAUCGAUUAUCGCUCAAUCACUAUAGUAGUAAGAGAAUCAACCAUGAGUUUUCAAGUACAUCAAGUUGGGGCAGGGCUCGACGUGUAAUUUCGAUAGAACAUGUACUCUUGAGUUGUUUCGAUGAUGUUUCAAUAAAAAUUGCACAGUCCUAGGAAUUCCACAAAAUUUGUAACAACUUUGUGUUACUGUAGCAUGGGAGUUUGGGGUGCUGGUAUCCCUAUCACCAAAUUAUUCUGGGCUGUUUUUCAAACCACUUUAAAAAUGGCUUGCGCACACAAAUGUAUGGUUUAAAACGCGCAAUUUGAAUUCAUAGGGUGCAAACAUGGAAGGUGUUUCAUGAACUAUCAAAGUACCAGACAAUUUGAUGUACAUUAAGUCCAACGCGUGACCUCUAAAACUUGGACUCCCCGAAGUUCCCAAUCAUGGAAAUCAGCGGCAGGGCGCUGUGUUUUACAGCCCCUUGUCAGCAGUCAUGACUUUCCCCCUGAUUUUUUUUAUCAUAAAUAAUUUCUUGUCGAUCAAUGAUCGGCUGUUAUUUCAUGCAUUUUGAUUAGUUUUAUGCAGGAUUUAUUUUUACAUACUCUUUACAAAAACUCCAAGUUUUCGAGGUCUCACGUGGGACUUAAUGUAGUAAAUAAUGUACAUCAAAUUGUCGAGUGGUUUGAUAGUUCAUAAGACACUUUCCAACUUUGCACCCUAUGAAUUCAAAUUGCAUUUUGAGCCUUCCAUUUCUGUGCGCAAGUUAUUUUUAAAGUUUUUUUUUAAAAACAGCCAACUUGCACUCGAAAAUUUAGUUUUCAAAAUAUUUUAGUGUUAUACAUACCAGCAGACCCCAACUAAUUUAACCCAUUCUUGCAUAAAGUUCUCACAAAUUUGCAAAGUCUUGCUUGACUAUUGUAUUUGAGUUGUAAUUGUUGUUCACAGUUUGCUUAUCAUCGUGUUAUUACUCAAAUUACUGCAUCUCAUUUUGUUUCUAAUAAUGUUUUGCUUUAUCAUGAAAAAUAGCACCCCCCCUGCACCCCCUCUGGCCAGGGCUAGGGGAGUGCACCCCCCCGCACCCCCCAGUAAAUCCAUCCCUGACGAGAUCAACGUAUAAAAUAGUAGUACUCCAAAUGUUGAAAAAUCUUAAUUUUACAACAGUUAUCAUUUAAUGUUAAGCGCCUUCAUAUUUUCGGAGAGAUUGAGAUUGACAGGGAUACCUCUAUCUGAAAAAUACAAAGAGAACUUCCAUCACUGACACUGAAAGAGGACUACCAACACUGGCACAGACCGUUCAAAAUUAACUUUCAUCCUCUAUUUUCAGAAAAUCGUGAGCUUAUCUACUGGGCUGUUGGUCUGCUACACGAAUUUGUUGCCCUUGAUAUUGCGUUACCAGAGAUCUGUGCUGUUCCCAUAUUACUGAGAUCUUUGUACAGUGUUCUCAUUUCCAACGAAGCCAGCAUUCAGAGAUUGGUUUUGAGAGUAUUGCGUUUCCUGUGCCAAAGUUCAGACGAUUUUAAAGCAAAAACUACGCACAAUAAACACUUGCUUGCACGACUGCCGACAUGUCUUGCAUCUGGGGACCGCGAUGUCACCUCAUGGUCAUUGUAUCUUAUUCAUGAUAUCGCUACGUCAGGUAUGUAG